AUGAUUGGAAAAAAUUCUUUGAUUAACAAUAAUUCAAAUACUUCAAAUAUUAGUAAUGAUAACGAUAAUUCGUUUAGUUCACCCGAAGAUGUAUCAUUAAUAAAACCUUCCAAAUCUCCAAACAACAUUUCUUUAUUAUUAAAUUUACCACCGCCACCGUUAAUAGCAAACGAUUUCGUUUAUAACAGCAACAAUUUACCUGAAGAUUAUUGUGAAGAAGAAUAUGGUGACGUAACGGAUCAACAAACCAAUCACUCCAAAAAGAAAGUCGCCCAUAAUGUAAUUGAAAGACGUUAUAGAGAUAAUAUUAAUAAUCGUAUCAACGAUCUUAAAAAUGUUGUUCCUGCUCUUUGUCAUGUAAAAGGUAGUAGUAAAGAUGACAAUGAUGGUGACGAUGAAUAUGAGAGUAAUAACGAUGAAAAGGUGGUGGAUGGUAUUAGAGUACCCCAAAAAUUAAAAAAAGCUACAAUUCUAGAAAAAUCCACAGAAUAUAUUCUUUACUUGAAAAAUAACAAUGAUAAACUUAAAGAAGAAAAUGAUGAAUUAAUAAAAAUAAUUGCAAGUUUACCAGGAGGAUUUGAUUUAUAUCAUGAAUAUUAUUGUCAAAGCCAGCGUCAACAAUUGAUUUCUUCUGAUUUAUCACCUUUUAUGCAACCUGUGUACACUCCUCUUGACGCUUCCCCACAACACACCAAUAGCCCUGCUAGCUAUUCUUCUUGUGACGAUAUCAUCUCCUCCUCAAACAACAAUAGUAAUGGAUCUAGGGUAUUUAUGGCUUUAUUUAUGUACAUGACAUUCUUUUCGUCAUUUCCUUCAACCCACUUUCUACAAUCUCGUGAUCAUCCUCGAGGACGUGUUAUAUCGAGUUCUGUUAAUACUAAUAAUGAUGAGACCACUUUAACAGCAGCAAUAACAAAGUGCUUGGCUAAAAAGGGAAAGGCAAAAUUUAAGGAUUACGGUGAAAUAGAUAAAGCACCAGAAGAAAAGGCAAGAGGAAUCACAAUUGCAACUGCACAUGUUGAAUAUGAAACAGAGGCAAGGCAUUACGCACACAUUGACUGUCCUGGUCAUGCAGAUUAUAUCAAGAAUAUGAUUACUGGAGCAGCUCAAAUGGAUGGUGCUAUUAUCAUUGUUUCAGCUACAGAUGGUCAAAUGCCACAAACACGUGAACAUCUGUUACUUGCUAAACAAGUCGGUGUUUCGUCUCUUGUAGUUUUUGUCAAUAAGGUUGAUGUGGUCAAUGAUCCCGAAAUGUUAGAAUUAGUAGAAAUGGAAAUGCGUGAUCUAUUAACACAUUAUGGUUUUGAUGGUGAAAAAACGCCUAUUAUAGAAGGGUCUGCAUUGGCAGCGCUGGAAGGAAGAGAUCCAGAAAUUGGUGAAAAGGCAAUUGAAAAAUUAAUGAACGCUGUUGACACACAUAUUCCCACACCGAUCAGAGAUUUGGAAAAACCAUUUCUAAUGUCAAUUGAAGAUGUUUUUAGCAUUUCUGGGCGUGGUACUGUGGCAACGGGAAGAGUCGAAAGAGGGACUAUCACUAAAGGUGAAGAAAUAGAAAUUGUUGGUAUGGGUCCAACAACCAAAACCACAUUGACAGGAAUAGAAAUGUUUCAUAAAGAGUUAGAUAAAGGUAUGGCAGGUGACAAUAUGGGAGCAUUAUUACGUGGAAUAAAAAGAGAACAAAUUCACAGAGGCCAAGUACUUGCGGCACCCGGUACAGUUAAAUCACACAGAAAGUUUAAAUCACAACUAUAUGUUUUAACCAAAGAAGAAGGUGGUAGACAUACACCUUUCACGCAAAACUAUAGACCACAAAUGUAUUUUCGUACAUCAGACGUUACAGUCACAUUAACAUUUCCAAGUGGUAUAGAAAAUCCGGAAGAAAAGAUGAUUAUGCCAGGUGAUAAUGCUGAAUUACAAUGUGAACUUGUACAUGAUAUGGCAAUUGAGCCUGGUAUGAGAUUCACUAUUCGCGAAGGCAAUAAAACUGUUGGAACUGGUAAGCAUUAA